CGCAAAUCCCAGAAACACCCUCUAUCGAACUCUACCCAGUAUAUCCACAUAAUUUCUCGUUUGAUUAUUACAUACACACCUCUCGUACUCUCUACACUAGAUUUCUGGGUCCACAUUAGCUUUUGAACGUUGACUGUGCUGUGAUGCAAUCCACCCCCAUAUCCUGAUCCUUUCUGCGACAACGACAGCACUUUCGGCGAGGACAGCUCCCUCUUUUGUACUGAACCGGGCAUGUUCACUUCGACACCAUCCCUCGCUGGCACAAAGCGCGACGUCGGAAAUGUGACAGAACACUGUCAAACCACUGGCUCGGCCCUUCCCGGUGAGCACCAAGCUGGAGCUGUCGGCCACGUCGACCCUCAAACCCUCUGCUGCACAUCCUGCUGCCCGGACCCGUCUCCCCGCGACGCUGCUGACGGUUCGCGGCCCUCGAAACGCAGGAAGGGUUCUGCCACCGAGCCAGUGACCAUCAGCUCAGACCAGCAGUUCCCCGACAUCUGCUUCGAGCAGUUCUGCCAAGAUUGUGGUGAGCUAGACGCUGCCUCUUGUACCUCCCCUUGCCCGGUACCAUGCCCGGGCGACGACGGCUGCGAUGGUGACGAUGCGUGUUGGGAUCCAAACUGUGACCAGACUCCGCAGUGUGCGGAUGAGUGCGUGGAUCCCGAGUGCAAGAAGUUGACCUGCCCCAACGACCCCUGCUUCUGCCAGAAGUGCGGCGUUCAGCCAUGCCCCCUGGGUGAUGUGAAUAGUGAAUGUCAUCAGGCGCAUACUGCUCCUACUGCCACUGGCACCAUCUACUGCUUCGACAAUGCGCCCUGUCACUUCCAAGAGGGCCGUCACCUCGGUAACAUAGGUCUUGAUGCUUAUGAGGGAUAUCCGUGCUUCUCCCAGAACCACAGUGCGACGACGGAUCUUCGAGAUAGGACGGCCCAGCCGUCAAGUCUCAGUACGCCUGUCCUGUCGCCGAGUAACUACACAUCACUGGAGAGUGCUUUCAGCUCUCAGUCGUCACCUGCGCCCGGCCAAACAUCCGCAGCGCCUCACUGCUUCUUGAACAUCCCAGACGACCACUGCCACAUCGGCCACUCGUGCUGUCAUGGACCGAGUCGAGCCUGUGCAGACUUUUCGACGGCGCCUCAAGAGAAUUUCGACAUUUGGAAGUUGUCGUUGGGUCAUGAUAACGCCUUUGGUGGCGCAAACCCGUAUAGUAAUCUGAAUUUCGGAUUACAUACUAGCCAACCAUCGACCAUGUCACUUGAUCAAGCGCUAUCCUCGAAUACAACCCCACUCGACCACAGCAUGCAGACGCAAAUGUUCGACUUCAACAACUCAUCUUGGAUGCUGCCAGAUGCUCAGCAGUUCAAUAUGCUGCAAAAUCCGGUCUCGGGUCAUGUGAACAAGCUGGAUUACCUCGCCUCGGCGGUGCAAGCCGAUGCCAUGAACUUGAUAUCACCCAUAUCAAGCGCCACGCCUGGAUUCAGCUUCCCUACGACGUCUGACAUCCCUAGCGACUCGUCUUCAGCCAAUGUAUGCAAAUGGCAACUCGGACCAAACAUGAUCUGUCACCAGGUCUUCGACACUGCCGAAGCUCUCCACAAACACGUCAAGUCCGCCCAUGUGGAUCACUGCACGCGCUGCUUCUGUCAAUGGCAAGGUUGCGAAUCGUCCGAGAAGGACUUCAAGCAGCGCUCCAAGCUCUCCCGCCAUCUCCUCGGGCACGCAGGCUACCGACCCUACGCCUGCAGCUUCAAGGGAUGCAACAAAACCUUCGCCACGAACCAAGCCAAAGACAACCACGAACGCACGCACACAGGCGACCGACCAUACGUGUGCGAUCGGUGCGGCUACACGACGACCACGCACACGCAGCUCCAAACCCACAUCUCCGCCCUCCAUCUCAACCAGAAGCCGCACAAAUGCCGCUUCUGCGACUUCACGUGCGCCGACAGCUCGAACCUCAGCAAACACGAGCGCACGCAUCAGACUCUCCGACCCUACCGCUGCCCCCACCCAGCCUGCACAUUCAAGCCCGACUGCCGGUGGGAGAACCUCAAGCGGCACCUCCGACGCAGCGGCCACUGCCCCGAGCUACUGCAGGAGGGCAGCCAGGAGUACAAGGACUACCGCGAGGGCGUGCGGCGCGAGAUCGACGACUGGCACCGGCGGAACGAGGGCGGCACCGGCAUCGUCGGGUCGAGGAGGAGGGGCGGGAGCGUCGCUGUGAGCGUGAAGAGCGGGUGAUGGAGACGGAUGAAGCUUCUUGUGGUUGGCGUUUUUUAUAUCAUCAUCAGCGAUAUGAAGGUACAGGCACGAUGAAGAUGAAUAUCACACAUGCACGGUAAAUGUGUACACGAGAAACAUGCAUACAUACG